CGGAAGGAAGCCAUGAGGUCAGCUGACCAAAACAAAUAUGGCGGCCACGGCAACGAUAAACAAACUAUCGGUGUGUUUUUCUUUCGUCUCUUUUGGUUUCACGUGUCGGUAUUCCAGAUCAAAUGUUUCGUAACGAGACCGUUUAACCAAUCAAAUGCCUCCGGACCAUUUUCUGAACGGACAGCCUCGACGAAACCCGGAAAACAAACGGAAGUGUCUUCCUCCAGUUUGAACCUAAACAUCCGCCCGUGUAACGCGUGUGUUUUUACUACGUUAGCUCGUCGUUUCAACCGGACAAAACAUGAGCAAAACAUGAAAAAGUGACCGAAACGAGGAAUGGUGUAACUCGGGGAACAACCUAUCGAUGUGAACACGAUGUAGCUGACGUCUGAAAAUACACACGACAUGGAGUUUGCCUUGGAGACGAGCUGAGAGCAGCGAGAGGUAAUCCUCAAGUGAACGAGACGUUACCAUGGGGUUGGUGAACUUUGUCAUCUCCACUGUAGGAAAAUGUCUGGACGCCGUGUGCUUACUGCUGGACCUGAACUUUGUCAUCGUCCACACCGUGGUGCGGACGGUCCUGGCGGUGGUCGCCUUCAUAACCAGCCUGCCCAGCCUCCUCCUCAACUCACUGCUGGAGCUGGGGAACUUAACCGUGCUUGGCUUCAUGUCCCUGGCGGAAGCGACGUCAAACGUAGCCCACGGGACCGUCACCAUGCUGGGGAGCUUGGUGCUGGCUCUGGAGGGGCUGCUGGAGAGCCUGAAGAUGGUGGGUUACCUGUCCAUGCACGUCCUGCUUCGUGGGAAGGAGCACCUGUGUCGAGGGCUGCUGUCAGUGCUGGAGGGCUGCGGCAUCGCUGUCAGCCUGGUGGUCUAUUUCGCCAACACCGUGGUCAACUUUGCACUCAUUGCCGCUCAGAACAUCUACCUGGCGGUGGUCAGUGUGUGGCAGACGGUCUCCAGCCCGCUGCAGAAGGUGCUGGAGCUCACGCUGACUUCCUUCACCUUUCUGUACAGCAGUCUGGUUGGGACUUCGGCUUUCCUGUGGUCACCCUGUAAACUGGUGUUGGACUUCGUGGUCUCGCUGGUUCAUAUGUUCAUCAGCAUCUUCAUCCUGAACAUCUACGGCCUCCUGCUCACUGUCACUAUUGCUCUAACGACCACCGCCUACCUGAACCCGGUGCUGACCCGACAGGCUGCCGUGCGAAUUCUGGAUUACAUUAACUCUUUUCCUGCCCUGCGCAGACUUUACCUGGCUCUCCACCGCCUCGCUUCAGUCUUGCGGAGCGCCCCACAUUUUGUACGUGGCCUCAUGCAGCGCCUGCCCAGGAUACUCCAUCACCUCCACCUGCUAGAGAGGGGGCUGUGGCAGCAGCUGUCUCGACUCAGCAGCCAGCUAGGUCUUGCUGUGAGGACCCAUCUCCACAGAAACAACAACAACAACAGGGUACGCGGCGAUGGUGACCCCGGAGAGGAGAGGCGGGACCCACCAGAUGGAAGAGCAGGAGAUGGAUCCCACCAGGAGCUGCUGGAUUUAGUUUUCCCCUCCUCGAGCAUGGACAGACCGCUAAAGAAGCAGUCGUCUUCGGGCAAAGACGGUAAACCUCUGCCUGCCGAGAAUCUGCUGACUCUGCUGAAGGAGCAGGAGGACAGGAAGAAGUGCGUUAUCUGUCAGGACUGCUCCAAGACGGUGGUGCUGCUGCCAUGCAGGCACCUCUGCCUGUGCAGAGACUGUACGAACAUCCUGUUGAGGCAGCCCGUCUACCAACAGAACUGCCCGCUCUGUCGGCACAUGAUCCUCAACACUAUGGACGUGUAUCUAUGAGGGACCAACAGGAGUGGGUCUGUGGGCGUCCGACCACGUGGAACAGUAGCUACACUCUAAGGUUUACCACCACUGAAGUGAUGUUGUUUGACUUGUGUUUUUACUAGGUUGUGAUAAAGGAUAGAUCUGGUAAUAUUCUACGUUUUUCCUGCUGUCAGAAACAGUCUUUAUACUUUGUGUCUUCUCUACUCCGUCGGUGGCUGUUCAUCUUCACUGGAGUUGUUUAUGUUUUAAAAAAAGGACUCGCAAAUUUAUAUUUUCAAUUUUAAAAAAGAUAAUUUCCAAAACAACUGUAGUUUUUAAACGAAUGUCACUCAGAAGAGGAGUAAGUAGUGCUAGUGUGUGUAAAUGUGCUAACACUACACAGACGACGCUUAAAGGUCAAUUCAUUGUGUUUUUGGAUCUUUGGGGAUUUAAAAUGAUUUAUUGACAGCGGAAAAAAUAGAGAAUAUCACCAGAUUUAUCUUCUAAAAUGUUGUUUCCUAUGUGUGCACCUUCUGAAAACUGUUAGUAGAAAAGAAAUACAAAUGCUGUGUCCCAAUUCUAGACUAAAUACUAACAGUAUACAGUAUGAACUAUAUGCUAAUCUUUAUAGUACCCUGUUGUGCUGUUAGUGUGCAAGAAAUCAACAUAUUUAACUGGUUCAACUAGCAGGAAAUGAUUUAAUACUAGUGCAGUCCAAUCAAACUACAAUGUUCUGUUUCACCAUCCACAAUUAAUGUCCUCAGUGCAUUGCAUUGUGGGAGAAUAGUGACCAUUAACAGUACACUUUGUAUCCACGCGUAUUAUUCUAGCGUGCACACACGACAUACUCAAAUCCUGCUCAGACUCAGUCUGUAGUGUAGAUUUGGGACACAGCUCGACGUUAGAUGCGCCUGUUUAAAUAUUCCAGUAUUGCCACACUGAGUCUCAGGUCUCGUAGCCAUGGUAACCCGUCAGUGCCCUCCCUGAUGCUGUAAUGUUUACCACCGUUCAUGUCUUAAAAUGUCGUGCUUUUAGUGGGCCAAGCUGUGAGGAAAUAAAACUUACACUGUGCUUUAAGAGCACCAGUAUACAAAUGAUUCCACACACACCGUGUGUACGAACGCCGUGUGUACGAACGCCGUGUGUACGAACGCCGUGUGUGUACUCUAAGCAACGCCACAACCUUUAGAUCCUGCUGUGAAAAGCUUCUACCAUUUAAAUAUACAUAGAGCCAUGUAAAGAGUACAAAAAGGGUUUUCUGUGUUUAAGGAAAGUGAUUUAUAGUUUUCCAGUCAGGCUAUUGAUAGGGCUUAUUCCAGUCUUCCAUCAGUGGCGUGUUACAGUCACCACCAAUACGCAAUCCAUAAAAGGUUUUCUCUUUCCUUUGUCAUUGUGAUAAAACAGAUUUCUGUUGUAUAAAAGGACCAUAAACUAAUAAGGCUUUACAAUUUAAUUUUGCUUUUGUUUCUCAUUUGUUGCUGUCGAAGCUGAAGUGUUGAUAUUGAUUGUUGUUUAAAGUUUACAGGGCACUAUUGUGACACCACUUAGUGUGCUAUUACUGACGGUGGGUGGAGUCGGAGCUGUCAUUUGCCCUCAUUUGUUUUUUGAAAAGCUAUUUUUUCAGUCAUUUGUAUGAAAAAAAAUUGAUUUCUGCAUUGUUUUUGUGACUGGCGCUAUGUUAUACCAAUUACUUUAUUGUGUUUCUUACUGCAUUAUAUAGAUAUCAUUAAUGAAAGUGGUCUGAAUGUCAGUUUUUGAUGAGGUUGUAAAUGACUCGUGGAGCCCAGACUGUAGUCAUUAUAGACUACUCUUCCUCUAAGGUUACUGAGUAAAGAUAGCCAUUAACUGACGGCAGCUCACGUGACCAUCAUCUGUUGCUACCUGCAGUGUGUGUGACACAGUGUGAGACGACGUGAUUUGAAGACGUGAAUGUAACUUUUUUAAAAUGCUAAGGCUGCCACGUAACUGGUGAGUCAUUCUGUUCAUAAUAAAACAAAAAUCAGUGAAA